CUGCCAAUGCGGACAGGAGGGCGGGUUGAGUGGCUGCGGGGUGCGCUGGGAGCGGCGGUGCGGAGGGGCCGCGGAGUGAAGCGCGAUGCCGGAGCGCGACAAUGAGCCGUUCUCCAACCCGCUGGCCCCUGAUGGCCACGAUGUGGACGACUCGCACUCCUUCCACCAGUCCAAGCUGACAAAUGAAGACUUCAGAAAGCUUCUUAUGACCCCGCGGGCUGCGCCAACAUCUGCGCCGCCAUCCAAAUCUCGCCACCAUGAGAUGCCCCGGGAGUACAAUGAAGAUGAAGAUCCAGCUGCUCGCAGAAGGAAGAAGAAAAGUUACUACGCAAAGCUGCGGCAGCAGGAGAUCGAGCGCGAGAGGGAGUUGGCUGAGAAGUACAGGGAUCGAGCCAAGGAGAGGAGAGAUGGUGUGAACAAGGACUACGAGGAAACGGAGCUGAUCAGCACAACUGCCAACUACAGAGCUGUGGGACCCACAGCAGAGGCGGAUAAAUCUGCAGCGGAGAAGAGGAGACAGUUGAUCCAGGAGUCCAAGUUCUUGGGUGGUGACAUGGAGCACACUCACUUGGUGAAGGGUCUGGACUUUGCGCUGCUGCAGAAGGUACGGGCUGAGAUUGCCAGCAAGGAGAAGGAAGAAGAGGAAAUGAUGGAGAAGCCCCAGAAGGAAACUAAGAAAGAUGAAGAUCCUGAGAACAAAAUCGAGUUUAAGACCCGGCUAGGUCGCAACAUCUACCGCAUUCUGUUCAAGAGCAAGUCCUAUGAGCGGAACGAGCUAUUCCUGCCAGGCAGGAUGGCCUACGUGGUGGAUCUGGACGACGAGUACGCCGACACCGACAUCCCGACCACGCUGAUCCGGAGCAAAGCCGACUGCCCCACCAUGGAGGCACAGACCACACUGACCACCAACGACAUUGUCAUCAGCAAGCUGACGCAGAUCCUCUCCUAUCUCAGGCAAGGGACCCGCAACAAGAAGCUGAAGAAGAAAGACAAAGGGAAGCUGGAUGAGAAGAAGCCCCCUGAAGCUGAUAUGAACAUCUUUGAAGACAUUGGGGAUUAUGUGCCCUCCACUGCGAAGAUGCCACGGGAGAAGGAGCGGGAGAGGUACCGUGAGAGAGAGCGUGACAGGGACCGGGAGCGAGACAGGGACCGGGAGCGUGACAGGGAGCGUGAGGAGGAGAAGAAGAGGCACAGCUACUUUGAGAAGCCCAAGGCUGAUGACGAGCCUGCAGACAUCGACAAAGGACCCGGCUCAGCCAAGGAGCUCAUCAAGUCCAUCAAUGAGAAGUUUGCUGGAGCCACUGGCUGGGAAGGAACAGAGCCAUUGAAGAAGCCAGAAGAUAAGAAGCAGCUGGGGGAUUUCUUCGGCAUGUCCAACAGCUACGCCGAGUGCUACCCUGCCACAAUGGACGAUAUGGCUGUGGACAGCGAUGAAGAGGUGGACUACAGCAAAAUGGAUCAGGGUAACAAGAAGGGACCUCUGGGACGCUGGGACUUCGACACCCAGGAGGAAUACAGUGAAUACAUGAACAACAAAGAGGCUCUACCCAAGGCGGCUUUCCAGUAUGGGAUCAAGAUGUCUGAGGGACGUAAAACCCGUCGCUUCAAGGAGACAAAUGACAAGGCAGAGCUGGACCGGCAGUGGAAGAAGAUCAGUGCGAUUAUCGAGAAGAGGAAGAAGUUGGAGGCCGAUGGGGUUGAGGUGAAGCGGCCCAAGUACUGAAGCCUCCAGCACCAUCUCCUCCAGCUCCUGGAACCCCAGCCUGCAGGCUUCUGCCUUCCAGAGCUUGCUGGUGUGCUCUCCUGCCCCCGCCCCAUCCACUUUCUUUUCUGGCCCGGGCAGUUUGUGCCCCCCGCUGUGUGCUGUGGGGCUGUGCCGAGGCUCUGCCCUCUGGUGUUUGCUGUAUGUCAUGUGUAAAUGUUGUAGCUUUAAUAAAAAUGAAUUAAAUUUG